AACCUUUCACUUAUUCUAAAAAUUCUAUCUAUCAGUAAUUAACGAUCUUGGAAUGAAAACGCAGAGCAUUUAGAAGUGAUACCAUUCGUACGUACGAUUCAAACAAUUCGCAUGCCAUAUUUACAACAUUUUAAAAUGAAGAAAAGCAUUCUUUUGGUGGUGGUCACAAUAGUCGUUGCGGCAACACUUUCGGAAGCCGUACAGUUUGGUUUAUUUAAUCGGCCCUCACAUCAAUCAACAACGACUAGUAAACCCCAACCCCGCGGAGGUCUUUUGGGUCUAAACAUACUAAAACCGGUAACUUCUAUACUGGACGCCGUUGGUCAUACGGUUGGGGCGAUACUUAACCUGCUAGUUGGCGGGUUGCGAUACAAACCGUACAAAAGGAUUACCACAACACCAAUGCCUACAAUUUCAGUUGAAAUUACACCACCACAUAUAGUUUCCAUAGAAAUCAACACCCCUCCACCCACAGCUCAUGUCGUAGUCUCGCUCUCCACAAAGCCAUCCCUUCCGGUAGCACCGCCUAAAAUUACAACACCCACCUCCACUCUGGCUGCAAUUACUGAAUCAACAACGCAAUCCACAGUUACAUCUGAAAAACCAACAGAACCUACAACUACAGAAUCAACCACGCAACCAUCGCCCACUCCAUCCCAAUCACCCACAACACCUACAACAGUGGAAGUAACUACAGCAUCAACCACGCAUGCACCCACAACAACAACAGAAGCAUCUAUUACAGAAAAGGGCAAGCCAGGAAAUGUCGAUUGGCGUAGAUUGAAUUGUUCUUCACCUAUCACAUUUCAGGGAAAAUGUCGCGGUAGUUUCGCAUUCGCGGUGACGGCUGCAAUUGAAGCCCAAAUGUGCUACAAAACGGGACAGUAUACAGUUUUGAGUGCACAGAAUUUGAUCGACUGCACGAUGGUGGCACCUUUCGAAAACGCCGGUUGCGACGGUGGAGCACUCGAACCUACCUUCGAUUACGUCGUAAACGUUGGUAUCAAUUCGGAAGAAGAUUACCCAUACACUGCUUCGAUAUCCAAGUGUAAAUAUAAUCAAGAAAAAUCCGUAGGGAGGAUUAACGAUUACAUGAGCAUCGAUGAAGGCGAUGAAGAAACCAUGGAAUACAUAUUAAACAACGUGGGACCAAUAGCCGUAGGCAUUGAUGCCACUCACAAAUCUUUUGCGGAUUACAGAGGAGGGGUUUACUACGAGCCGAAUUGUAAAUCGGAUAUUGAGAGCUUGAAUCACGCUGUACUCUUGGUCGGAUACGGAGUGGAACCUGACGGUACCAAAUAUUGGUUAAUUCGUAAUUCGUACGGUACAGAAUGGGGAGAUAAAGGUUACGGGAAGAUUGCACGGACCGCUACAAAUCACUGCGGCAUCAACACUUAUGCUGUUUACCCAGUCGUUGUUUAAAUUUAGUUUAUUGUUGUGCAAAAUUAUUGAACUAAUAAAUAAUAAUCAGUGUUAAAACUCCAAAAAUGCAUUAUAAUUU